AUGCAUGUAACCUCCCAGCACUGCCACCCCUUCGCUGAUCCCUUUUGGUAUUGUCUGAAGCAAUCAUCUCCUUUAGCUGCAGUAUCCGGGAGUCGCGUAGAGAUAGAACAGGGGGUAGUGCUAGGGGUGUGCUGGGGGUGUGUCUAAAUGUGUUACCUGAUUGGCCGACGCGGUGAGGCUUCAUCCUAUAAACGUUGCUGAUUUACUACCGUGGAAGCAUCUUUGAGAGACUGCAAGGCAGGAGGCAGGUUCUGCUCAUCACUUACCACAGGAGCCUAAUAUAAGUGCAGAUUAAGAUGCCAGAGAGCGGCUGCCUUCACCUGGACACCCCAUUGAGGGACAGUGUGCCCUUAUCCAAGUUGACAGACACCACAGUAUACCUUAAACUUGACAAUGCACAGCCAACAGGGUCCUUCAAGAUUCGUGGCAUUGGACAUUUGUGCAAAACAUGGGCAGAGAGAGGCUGUAAGCAUUUUGUGUGCUCCUCAGGUGGCAAUGCUGGUCUUGCAGCAGCUUACAGUGCCCGGAUGCUCUCUAUACCCGCCACUAUUCUUGUACCAGUCACCACCCCUUCCUUUACAAUACAGAGAGUCAAAGAUGAAGGAGCCACCGUCUGUGUGGUAGGAGAGAUCCUGGAUGAGACCAUCGAGCAUGCCAAGGAGCUGGUUAAGAAUAACCCAGGAUGGGUUUACAUCCCUCCUUUCGAUGACCCUCUGAUAUGGGAAGGCCAUAUGUCACUUGUAAAGGAAAUGAAAGCGAGUCUUCCUUCCAAGCCCGGUGCCAUUGCCCUGUCAGUGGGAGGAGGUGGGAUGCUCUGUGGGGUGAUCCAGGGCCUCAGAGAAGUAGGAUGGAGUGACGUUCCCAUCAUUGCUAUGGAGACCAGAGGGGCGCACAGUCUCAAUGCAGCUAUGGAGGCAGGAAGGCUAGUCACCCUGACGGAGAUUACGAGUGUGGCUAAAACAUUGGGAGCCAAAACUGUGGGAGCCCAAACCCUAAAACUGUCUCAAGAGCACCCUGUCUAUUCUGAAGUUAUCACUGAUCAGGAUGCCGUGACAGCUAUUGAACGAUUCGUAGAUGAUGAGAAAAUGCUUGUGGAGCCUGCUUGCGGUGCCGCUCUGGCUGUGGUCUACAGUGGUGUGAUCGGGAGGCUGCAGAGAGAGGGCAAGCUGUCUAAAGAGCUCUCGUCUCUGGUCAUCAUUGUGUGUGGAGGGAACAACAUCACUUUGUCACAGCUCUCCCGACUUAAGGAACAACUGGGCAUUCCAAAGGUCAAUGCUGCCUAACGACACCAGAUUAUUUGAAUUUGAGCUACCCGGAUUUGUAACAUUAAUUCACUUGCCCAUAGAACAGCAAGAUGCACAGGAUGACUAUGGCCUGUUAAAAUGCCCACUCUUCUCCUGAGUCCCCAGGUCCAUUUGUACAUACUAUGUAUGCAGCAUCACUGACAGGCAGAACGUAGAGCUCCCUAGCUGGUGUAUGGUAUUUGUAGAGUUUUUCCAAGAUUAAAUAACAUUUUUAUAAGGAAAUAGAUAUCAAGAUGUUGCCAAUCAGAAAACCACUUCAAUUAUAGAAGCAGAGCCUUAAUGUGAACCAUAAAAGGAUCGUCUUGUGUCUCAAUUUAUGACAAGCACAUGCACAUUGUCAAUAAUUGUAUAUCUUAAACAAAUGCAUCAUUUAGAGAAGAUCUUUCCUUUUAGGAAACACAAACAUACAUUGAUGCACUUAGCAUGUUCAAGAAGAAAAAGACAUGGAGGACAGUCUGGGAUAAAUUCUCUGAAAUAUAUAUAAGGGGAGGUUUAAGAUGUGGUAACAAGUUAGUAACUUAUCUAAAUUAUGCUACAUAGUAAGGCUCUAUGAUUUAACUUUAACAGCCCAUAUAGUGAUCUCCUCUUAAAAACUAGCACCAAACUAAAAGGCACAGUGAUCUAAUUCAACUACCUCAUUGUCAUGUAGGGCACAGACAUUCAAUUUCCUUGUAGGUGUAAUAAUUACCAAUAAAAUUUAAGAUGUGUAACUAUCUCCUGAAGAGCCGAUUGUAAGGCAUAAAACAAGGAUCUAAUACACAACAUAUUUUGUGAGUUUUGUUUUUAUACAUGCUAUGUUUUCUAAUAAAAAUAUUUUAUGUA